AGGCGGAGGAGUCGAGGUGCAGAAACAGAAGAAGACACAACAAAGGAGUCGCUCAAGGUGCUUGGAGUGGCAGCGACCCUCUCAGCUUACAGUUCCCCUUCAGCUAGAAUGCCUUUCUUGGGCAAGGACUGGAGGUCACCAGGUUGGAGCUGGACCAAGACAGAGCAUGGCUGGAAGAGGAUUUUCUUGUAUGGACACGAGUUGGAAGAUAACAACAGAGCGAUAGACUUGAAAGAGCCCUGCAGUGACAACAAAGAAAAUCUGUUUGUCGGGGAUGUGUGUGAGCUCGCCACCUCAAAGAGGAAAAAGGACCUGUACAACAAUAACACCAAAUCUCAAUUUGUUUUCACAGAUAAAUGGAUCUACGUGCAGAAAGGGAGCACAAAAGAACGCCAUGGAUACUGCACGCUUGGCGAAGCCCUCAACCGUCUAGACUUUUCCAGUGCCAUUCAGGACAUGAGAAGAUUUAACUAUGUUGCAAAGCUUUUCCAGCUAAUAGCCAAGUCUCAGCUGACAUCUUUGAGUGGAGCUGCCCAGAAAAACUAUUUCAAUAUACUGGAGAAGAUUGUACGCAAAGUUCUGGAGGACCAGUACAAUCCGCGCCUUGUCAAGGACCUGCUGCACGACCUGAGCGCGACGCUGCACAGUCUGACCAUCCACGUUGGCAGGUGUGUCCUCGUGGGAAACAUCAACAUCUGGUUGUGUCGUCUGGAGACCAUUUUCAAAUGGCAGCAGCAGCUCAACAACCUGCAGAUCCCCAAGCAAAUGUGCAAUGGGAGGUCAUUCAAUGACUUGCCACUGCACAUGCAGAACAAGAUCCUCUGCAAGUUAUCUGAUGCCUAUGACAUCAUUAACCUGGGACAAGCCACGCCCACGCUGCAGUCCCUCAGCGAGAACAGGAUGCUGUGGAAGAAACUCUGCCACUUUCACUUCUCAGACAAACAGUUCUGUAGGAAUUUGGUCCUAACCAAGAGUGAUAAUGUGGACUGGAAGCUGAUGUACUUCACCCUGCAGAAACAUUAUCCAAUGAAGGAGCAGUACGGAGACACAUUGCACUUCUGCAAACACUGUAGCAUCCUCUUCUGGAAGGACUGUGGCCAUCCAUGCACAGCCAACGACCCAGACAGCUGCCUCAUGCCCAUCUCUCCGCAGCACUUCAUCGACCUCUUCAAGUUCUAAAGCCUCCGCGCUCUUCAAGCGAAGCGUCCGUUGGCCCUCACUCGCGAGCCGAGAGUGUGCACGAGACCUUGAUGUCGUUUACCCGAAUACAAAGGGCUUCAGCUGAAAGAGAGGACUUUUUUUAUUUCUGCAUUUCCUUACGCACAAGUGUUUCCAUGAGAUGCAGGGAAGAUUAAACGUGUAUGUUUGUUGGUUUUGACAGUGUUGCUGAUGGGUGAAAUAUAAAAGGAACUGUUGUUGUAGCAUGUUUAUGAUGGGUUACUGAUUAUAGGUAGUGUUUUUUUCUACAUGACAAAAGGUGAACAUUUACUGUGGCAGAAUAAGGCGACUUGUGUGUUGUUUAUUUAAUGGGGUUAAAUAAUGGGGUUAAUGCUUUUCGCCCUGUUCUGUUUUGGUGGUAUUAUUCUGCAAUAACUGAAUGCAUGUCGUGUUGGGGUCCCUGUUUACGUACUGUAUGUUGUCCUUUGUGAAUCUGUGCUCCGUGUACAUUGGAAGCGUUGACGCUAAGAGAAAAUAAUGUAAAAGUCCUUUAGCCGUACAAGUUUUUACAAUCUACUUUUGUCAGAGCUGUCAAGUGACAACAGAGAAAAUGUAAAACAGUAUUUAUGGGGAGAGUUUUGUAUCCUUCCUUCAACUUUUGUAAUAUUCCUUUGCUGCUCCCAUACUAUAUGGUACUAUUGUGACUUAUAUGGGACAGGAACUAGGUGUACAGUAAUUAAAUAUUUCUAAAAACCUG